UUUGUGCUCAUCGAGGAGGAGUCUGCUGGUUGACUUCCAGUAGCUGCCUGGCCACCGCCUUCUUUCUGCUCCCCCUCCCUUCCCUCCUCAUCCCCUCCCAUCCUCCUCCUCAUCCUCCUCCUCCUCCUCCUCCUUCAGCCGCUACUGCAGCAGCAUCCCGGUGCCUCCUGGAUCCAUGAAGAAAGCCCCCCUGCACGGCACGUCCCCCGCCACGAUGGGCCGAGAGCUAUAUACUGCGUUGUUGUGUUGAUAUCGAGAUAUUUCAGUUAUCAAAUAUGAAUCAUGCAUUUGAUAUUUCUGGCCACUUUGCUCGUCAGCAUCCUUUCGCCUUGGCUUCAUCCAUCACUAGCGUCAUCCGAUUCUCAAGGAGCAGGGGACAAGGUUGAGAGGGACGCAGUGCCAGCCCUGCUGAAGCAACAGGCAACUGCAGCACCUGCCACAGACAACACAACACAGCAUGCAGCAGAGCAUGUGAUCACCUACCCCUCGCGGUUGAUCUACUACCUAAACGAGGACUCGGAGAGCACUUACCAUGACCUGGACACCCGCACCAAGAACCAAGCCACAGACGGGCAGGUGGUCCACCUCGCCCAAGCCAGUUUCCAGUUAGAAGCAUUUGGCUCCAGAUUUGUUCUGGAUCUAGCACUGAACACUGACUUGCUGUCUUCAGAUUAUGUUGAAAUCCACUAUGAGGCGGGCAAACCUGUCCUAUCAAAGGGCGGUGAGCACUGUUACUACCACGGCCAGGUGAGAGGGAACGAUAACUCCCAUGUGGCCUUAUCUACCUGCAACGGGCUGCACGGGAUGUUUGACGAUGGAGUCUAUGUGUAUCUAAUUGAGCCCUUACAACAGACUCAUUCAAUGGAUACAGCUGCAAGGCCUCACAAACUAAGACGAGCAGCCUCCCUUCAGAGGAACAAUGAUUCAGAGGAACAGGUUGAGGAGGAGGAGCAGCUCUUCUCAGAGCUCGAUGACUUGUCCUGGCUGAGGCGCAGGAAAAAGCGAGCAAUGCCUCGCAGUGUGUUUGAGGAGAUGAAGUAUUUGGAGAUUAUGAUUGUCAGUGACCACAGUAUGUAUAAACGACACAAGACCAAGCAGCACACAAGGAAUUUUGCCAAGUCUGUGGUGAACUUUGUGGACGCUAUCUUCAAAGAGCAGCUGCAUACACGUGUGGUGCUCGUCGCUGUGGAGAUCUGGACGGACAAGGAUCAGAUCCCCGUCAGCGUCAGGCCAUUGGAGAUGCUGCGGGAUUUCUCCAAGUACCGGCAGCAGAGCAUCAAGCACCACGCAGACGCUGUGCACCUCUUCUCAAAUGUGACCUUCCACUACCGCAGAAGCAGCGCAGCAUACUUUGGAGGCAUGUGUUCCGUCAGCCGAGGAGUCGGGGUCAAUGAGUACGGCACCACCUGGUCCAUGGCAGGGUCUCUGUCCCAGAGCCUGGCUCAGAACCUGGGCAUCCAGUGGGACCCAGCAUCCAGGAGAAAGGAAUGUGGUUGUGUUGACUCAUGGACUGGCUGCAUAAUGGAGGACACUGGUGUCCAACACCCACGGAGAUUCUCCAAAUGCAGCAUCUCAGACUACAAGGACUUCCUUCAGAAAGGUGGAGGCUCGUGUCUGUUUAACAGGCCAACCAAGCUGUUCGAGGCAACAGAAUGUGGUAAUGGAUUUGUGGAAGUGGGAGAGGAGUGCGACUGCGGAGCGAGAGCGGAGUGCUACAAAGAGUGCUGCAAGAAGUGUUCCCUUGCUAACGGGGCGCACUGCAGUGAUGGCCCGUGCUGCAAUAACACAUGUCUGUUUUAUCCUCGAGGUUACAGUUGCCGCUAUGCUGUAAACGACUGUGAUAUCUCAGAGACGUGCUCUGGGGACUCUGGACAGUGCCCUCCCAAUCUUCACAAACAAGAUGGUUACCUCUGCCAGUUAAACCAGGGCCGCUGCUACAAUGGAGAUUGCAAGACCAGGGAAAACCAGUGUAAAUACAUCUGGGGGUCAAAGGCUGGAGGCUCGGAGAAGUUCUGCUAUGAGAAGCUGAACACAGAGGGCACAGAGAAGGGCAACUGUGGGAAGGAUGGAGACAAAUGGAUCCAGUGUAGCAAACAUGAUGUGUUCUGUGGUUACCUUUUGUGCUCCAACAUCGGCCGCAGCCCACGCAUCGGCAUUAUGAAAGGAGAUAUCACACCAGCCUCCUUCAACCAUCAAGGCAGACUGGUAGACUGCAGUGGUGGCCAUGUCCUUUUGGAUGAUGAGACUGAUUUAGGCUACGUGGAGGAUGGGACUCCCUGUGGGCCGUCAAUGAUGUGCCUUGACCGCAAGUGUCUGCCCAUCCAGUCACUCAACAUGAGCACCUGCCCCAGUGGACCUAACGGACAGGUGUGCUCUGCCCAUGGGGUGUGCAACAAUGAAGCCACAUGCACCUGCGACACUACCUGGGCGGGGACAGACUGUAGCAUGCCUGACCCGCCUAAAGAGCCUGUGACCAUUCCGGAUGAAGGACCCAAGGUGAGCGUGGCCACUAACAGGCUGAUAGGGGCAGUAGCAGGGACCAUUCUGGCCCUGGGGGUGAUUUUUGGAGGCACAGGGUGGGGAAUAGAAAAUGUGAAGAAACGGCGAUACGACCCCAACGCCACAGCCAUUUAACCCAAGGAGAGAUGGCAAUCGCAGACGGACUCUUCCAAGGCUUCCUUAGUUGGCUACCUGACAGCUGGACUGCACUUAUUGCUGCUGAUCUUUGGCAUUAGAUUUACUUGAAAAAGACAUAGUGGACAUUUUAACAAAUUCCAUCGUAGUGACGUUAGAAAUGCAGCCUUUUCAACUCCACCUCACCCAUGUAACAAACCCCUCACACCCUGAUCUCUAGAGUGACAGAGCUCCUCUUCCAUCCUUUAGUGCCAGUGCACAGGCGUUCAGGCGGAAUCCACACCACUCUCUCACCUGGCAUGAUUAUCCGCACAAAAGCGUGCUGCUUGCUGGCCCCCUGGCAUGAAGAGCCCUCCCUGCAGGGCUCUGCAUGGCUAUGAAAGCUACAAAUAUACUGCAAAAAAAAAAAGAAAACAUACAAAGAGAAAAAAAAAUUAUCUUAUGCAGGAGAUAACCUCGUUAAAAACCAAACCCAGUGGAGAGCCGGUUGAAGCUCCUAUAGUUCACGUUUUAGGUGCUGUAGAUGAUAAAGGAGGCUGCAUCUGAGGACCUGUAAGGGCAGUGCAGACCACAUAGUGAAUGCACACACACAAAAUUGUAUAUAAAUAAGGAGUUCAGGUUUGGAAUUAACAGCAUAUUUUACAAGGACAUCAAUUGCUUUUGUUUUUUAUCUCAGCAUGUUGUAUAGCGGGUGUUUUUGGCAAUGUUAUUGAUAAAAAAGAAACUGGGCCAAAACUGUAAUUACACGCUGCAUUCCUGCAAUUGGCUGUCAAAGGUUAGAUUCAGAGGACAGAGCAGCCGUGGUGGUUGAGGAGAAGCAUGUCAGUUCUAGAGGGAUUCAGACUGAUAACACGUCAGAUUAACUUCACAAGAUCCACCCCCCUCCCCUCCCCUCCCUCCCGAAGUAUCUCAAAAGCCAAAGAACCAAUCACCUGAACAUAUGGAUGUUGUUGCACACAGAGCACUUUCCCCUCUGUCUGCAGCCAGUGGUGCCUCUCCUACUGCUGAGGGCAUGAAGUCUGUCCAUGCAGGCGCUCACCUGUAACCAGCCAGGUCUCACGUAACAGUCCUCAUCAACACCCACUAUACCGGCUUAACCUUUUGCUCUCAUAAACUCUUAGAAAUCAAGUUCAGCUCUACUGGUAACGCUGCAUGCAAUCACUAUAGUGGGCUUAUAAUUCUAUAUGGGAGUCCCCAAAAUCCGCAAGAAAAAUAUGCUACAAAAGAUAGGUGCAUGUCAACAACGAAAACAUUUAACUUUUAUUUACUAUGCAAAGAGAGAUAUUGCACAAACGUAUGGGUAAUAAUGAUAUCAGUGUAGACAUGGAAUUUACAAAAACCCUUCUGCUAAUCAGCUAAUCUUUUGUAUUUGGCCACUCCCACGUCUCGUUUCACUUCGCUUCAACGUACUCAAACUAUGAAUGGACGAAUGAAGAAAAAAAAGGCGAAUUAAUAUUUCCAAUGAAAAGCGAGAGAGCACCCUUUUACAUUUGUGGAACUGAAAAUCAUUUUUGUGUGUUUUUCAUCCGGUCUGAUAUUUUUAAUCUCACACAUGCACACACACACACACACACACACACAUAAACACGUACACAAAAACACACUGUAUGGUGCCUGUACAUAUCGAGGCCUGAACAGUUUCCUUGUGCAGGGCUAUUAUUUCCAGUCCAGCUGAUAGUUGGUGUGUUCCAGGUGCUGCCAUAGCACUGGCAUCGUUGUAAUCCUUCAUGUUACUCAUCAUCUGGUGUCCCUCUCUCACUGCAUCAUGUACAGUUGGACCGAUGAAUAAACUA